AUGCACAAAGAUAGUCGGAUCAUUAUAAUAGGCGCAGGGGUAUUUGGCUUGUCGACAGCAGUAGAGCUGGUACGCAAAGGUUACAGAAACAUUACAAUUGUAGAUCGUCAUGUACCCCCGGUACCCGAUGGCUCCAGCGUCGACAUCUCGCGAGUGAUACGUUUCGACUAUCGCGAUCCGUUUUACGCCAAGCUUGCAAAAGAAGCGUUUGAUGUCUGGUGUGAUGAUCCAAGAUUUCGCGGAAUAUUCCACCAUGGUCCAAAUGCCUUCAUCGCAAGCAAAGCGUACGGGCGUACGCACCUCAAAAAAUGCACAGAUGCCCUUGACGGUUUGAAUCACCCCUGGGAACCAAUGCCGAAUCAAGGAGCUAUCAAAUCUGAGUUCCCGAUUCUGUAUGGUGAUACAGUUCACACCAAUCUUUCUGGAUACUGUAAUCGAAGUUCUGGGUGGGCGGAUGCUCAGAAGGCAAUCACCGUCCUUCGCAACCAAUGUAUCGAGAGUGGUGUAUCUUUCAUUUGCGGUAAACAAGGCACUGUCACUGCUUUCCAAAAAGACACGACGACCCGCAGAAUUUUAGCCGCACAAACUGGAAGCGGCCACGAUAUCGAAGGGGAUUACUUCAUCCUGAGUGCUGGCGCUUGGUCGAUAAGCCUAGCACCCAUGUAUAACUCAACAAUAUCUACGGCACAAGUCUUAGCCUUCAUCAACCUGACAGAUGCUGAGAUGGAAGCCUACAAAGACCUGCCAUUGUACAUAGACUACGAUUCCGGCUGGUUUUGUUUUCCGCCCCACCCCGAAGCCCGGGUUUUGAAAAUCGCCGUACAUGGCUGGGGCUAUACUCGAACGACGGAGCAGAACAGUGUCUCUCUCCCUCCAAUAACGACUCGAAGCAAGCGGACGAAUUUUGCGCCAGCAGACGGCGUCGAAAGGUUGCGUGCGGGCCUUGGAACUAUCCUUCCGUCCCUUGCGGAGCGAGAGUUUGAUCGUGUUGCCGUAUGCUGGUACAACGACACGCCCUCUGGUGACUUCAUCAUCGACUACCACCCUGACUACACGAAUAUGCUCCUGGCAACGGCUGGUAGUGGCCAUGCAUUCAAAUUCCUGCCAGUGCUGGGAAAGUACGUAGCGCAGGCAUUCGAGCGCACGUUGCCCUCAGGCUUGCAACAAAGAUGGCGAUUCAGGAUGGAAUACAAAAAUCGUGAAGAUACGUUUCAUGGCGACGGAAGUCGUGGAGGACCAGCACGGCGCGAGUUUACGCCGCAGGAGAAGGCACUGCUGUGA